CGCUUCCCAUUCUUCCUAUGCAGACAGACACACAACAUGGCGGACUAGAAUAGUCGGCCGACGCGCCCGGAUACAGCGGAUAAACCGUGGGAUUUAACAUCUAGAAAGGUUUAGAAAGUACACUCCGAAGGGUCGAUAAGUUCGGGCGAAUCGAGGAUUUGUUUGUGGGGGUGCCUGCCUUUCCUGGAUUUACCAGAUUAACUGCGAAGUGUUGGCUGUGUGUCCCAGACCGUGCUUCCCUCCUCUGCUAUCACCCAGGUCCCCCCACCCCGCUCAGACUCUCGGUUCCUGGGGUGUGGAGACAGGGGCCGGGGGUUGAAAAACGUGGAAGAGAAAAGAGAGGAGAAAUUCCUACCUGGCUUUGAUUUUUUCCUUCUUUUUUCCUCUCUCUCUCUCUCUCUCUCUCUCUCUCCCCCGCCUCAGGCUUCCUUUGGGCGCUACAGGAGUUGUGGAACACGCUGUGCGAAUGAGUGAUUGAUGCCAACUUCGCUUCUUCAGGGCAGAAUGGGUGUGUGUCCCCUGCUCCUGCUGCUCGGUCUAGCCCUCGGGGCCACAGCCCAGGAUGAUGUCCCCAUCACAAGUCCUCCAAAUGUCACGGCAAAACCCACAGACCCCCCUGUCGCACCCUCCCUCAACUUUACACUCACGGGUACACAAGCCCCCACAGGCCCGCCCCCAACGCUCUUCCCCAAAGUCAUCCCAGAGACGACGACGGCAACAAUAACAACCGCCACAAGCCCAGCUGUUGAGGAGGAUGUACAGCCUGCUGGUCCCAACGCCACCAGGCGGUUGUUACCAGUCCCAGCUCCCUCACCUCCAGCUCCAAGUGAUGACCCUCAGGGGCCACCGAGCACCGAGCCUCCCACACCUGGGGAGGGAGACAACGGUACCGAAGCCUUCCCUACAGACACCUCAACUCCAGAUUAUAAUGAUGAGGAUUUAUUCACUGUGGAGCCGGAGACCACCACAGAACCUGGGAUGGGGUUCACCUCAGACACCAGCCCCCAUGACAACAACCAGUCUGAUGACAUGCCAAUCAUAGCGGUCAUGGUGGCCCUUUCCUCUCUGCUGGUCAUCAUCUUCAUCAUCAUCAUCCUCUACAUGCUCAGGUUUAAGAAGUACAAGCAGGCGGGAAGCCAUUCAAACUCCUUCAGACUGACCAAUGGUAGAUCCGAUGAUACAGAACUCCAGAGCGUCCCGCUAUUGGCCCGCUCACCCAGCACAAACAGGAAGUACCCGCCCCUUCCCGUUGACAAACUGGAGGAAGAAAUGAACCGUCGCAUGGCAGAUGACAACAAGCUCUUCAGGGAGGAGUUUAAUGCGCUGCCAGUCUGCCCCAUCCAGGCAUCAUGUGACGCCGCUUCCAAGGAAGAGAAUAAAGAAAAGAACAGAUAUGUCAACAUUCUGCCAUAUGAUCACUCUAGGGUGCAUCUCUCAUCUCUGGAGGGAGUCCCAGAUUCUGACUUCGUCAACGCCUCCUUUAUAAAUGGUUACCAAGAGAAGAAUAAGUUUAUUGCAGCUCAAGGGCCCAAGGAGGAAACGGUAAAUGACUACUGGCGGAUGAUCUGGGAGCAGAACACAGCCACCAUUGUCAUGGUGACCAAUCUGAAGGAGAGAAAAGAGUGUAAGUGUGCCCAGUACUGGCCGGACCAGGGCUGUUGGACAUACGGGAACAUCCGCGUGUCUGUAGAAGACACAAUGGUUCUGGUGGACUACACCAUCCGCAAGUUCUGCAUCCAACUGGUGGGAGAUGUGUCUGGGAAGAAGCCUCAGAGGCUCGUCACCCAGUUCCACUUCACCAGCUGGCCAGACUUCGGGGUGCCGUUCACCCCUAUUGGCAUGCUCAAGUUCCUCAAGAAAGUCAAGAAUUAUAACCCCCAGUACGCCGGGGCCAUUGUGGUCCAUUGUAGUGCCGGUGUGGGGAGGACAGGUACCUUCAUUGUGAUCGAUGCCAUGUUGGACAUGAUGAACACGGAGAGAAAGGUGGACGUGUUUGGCUUUGUUACCAGGAUCAGAGCCCAACGCUGUCAGAUGGUCCAGACCGAUAUGCAGUACGUGUUCAUCUUCCAGGCGUUGUUAGAGCACUACCUGUACGGAGACACAGAGCUGGAGGUGACUUCUCUAGAAUCCCACCUUGCCAAACUCUACGCCCCCUCACCUGGAGCUGGCUGCAGUGGUCUGGAGGCCGAAUUCAAGAAGCUGACAUCCAUCAAGAUUCAGAAUGACAAGAUGAGAACAGGCAACCUUCCUGCCAACAUGAAGAAGAACAGAGUCCUACAGAUCAUUCCAUAUGAGUUCAACCGAGUGAUCAUUCCAGUCAAACGAGGAGAGGAGAACACCGACUACGUCAAUGCCUCUUUCAUUGAUGGCUACCGUCAGAAGGACUCCUACAUGGCGAGCCAGGGCCCCCUGCAGCACACCAUAGAGGACUUCUGGAGGAUGAUCUGGGAGUGGAGAAGCUGCUCCAUAGUCAUGCUCACUGAGCUGGAGGAGAGAGGGCAGGAAAAGUGUGCUCAGUAUUGGCCCAGUGAUGGAGUGGUGGUCCAUGGGGACAUCUCCAUUGAGAUUAAAAGGGAGGAGGAGAGCGAGAGCUACACAGUGCGUGACCUCCUGGUCACCAACAACAGGGAGAACAAGGCUCGAGCGGUGCGUCAGUUCCAUUUUCAUGGCUGGCCAGAGGUGGGCAUCCCCACUGACGGUAAAGGCAUGAUCAACAUAAUCGCUGCGGUGCAGAAACAACAGCAGCAGUCUGGCAACCAUCCAAUUACUGUACACUGCAGUGCUGGUGCUGGCCGGACGGGGACAUUCUGUGCGUUGAGUACGGUCCUGGAGAGGGUGAAGGCAGAGGGCAUCCUGGAUGUCUUCCAGACAGUCAAGAGCCUCAGACUGCAGAGACCACACAUGGUGCAGACGUUGGAGCAGUACGAGUUCUGCUACAAAGUGGUCCAGGAGUAUAUCGAUGCCUUUUCUGAUUACGCCAACUUCAAGUAGGGACCUGCCAUGGAUGGAUGGAUGAAUGUCCACAUACACUUCAUACAAACAUAUGCACGCACUAGAACACACACACAUACCUUACAAUGCAGAAAGCUGCAUAUUACCAUCUGAUGGAUUUAAAAAAAAAAAAAAAAAAGACUCAUCACAACUUUAUCUGUGGAUGGGAUGAACUGCCCGCAGGAAAAGGGAACAGAGGCCUCGGCCCGGAGGACAGGGCAGCGCAGUUGGACAGAGAAAAUAACUGAGAUGCCUUCUUGAAUAUUUUGUAAUAUUGAUCUUGUUAAUACAGCCCUUUGCCCCUAUUUGCUUCUCAUCUUCCCCCAACCUCCCCCAUAUGUAUAUAUACUUACUGUGUUGCAUCUUAUUACUUUGGUUUAAGACACAGUUUUGAGUUUGGCUGCAUUUUCGGGUGGCACCUUUAAUGUAUUUCAUUGGUAUCUAAUCUAAUGCUUUGGAGGCUAAUGUAAAAAAAAAAAAAAAAAAAAAUCCAGAGUCAAGGUAAUGAUGUUUGGAUUUUUGUUCUUGUUUUUUUUUUUACUUUUUGGACAGAGACUUAAAACAUUGUGGGCUUGACUAGAGCCAUGCUGUCACAACAUGUGUUGUAGCAGUACCUUGAACAUUUACAUACAUAAUCUGGACUUUUCUUCACUCCUAGACAUUUAUGCAGUGCACACACACACACACACACAAACGAACACGAGUUCCAUAUGUCGAGCCACUUACAGUUUCUCUCCUUUAAGUUUCAGGGGUUCAGAUGUCACUCACGAUUGGAGAUCAGAAUAUCUGUGAUGUAUCUCAAGAACUCAGGUUGACGCCAAAACAAACACUAAAUACCAGGGGCCGUAUUGUUCUCUUUAGCAUGUGUGAGUUUGUUUGAACUAGAGCAGAAGCUAGCAGAGAAGACGCAGUUUGUUUUCACAUCAGCGUCUUCUAUCUGCAGGAUGCCAAUGUCCUUCACUACUUGCUUAUUUUACAGUUUAAGGAUCUGAAACCAACACACUGCUCGACUUUAACAAGACAUUGGGAAAGUAGAAAGAAAUACCCAUGUUUUUUAGAGCAAACAGUAAAGACAUUUUAAGGGAAAUUGGUCAAGCUUUUAUGUUGAAUCUAAAAUUAUUUUUACUCUAUUUUAAGGUCUGUUACUGCAGCAGUGAUCAUGAUGACAAGCCAAGUCCCAAACAACACAAUCACAAGUAACUCCAUUAUUGCAUCAUAGAAACUAACAAA